UAGCCAGGGUGUUGUAAGCAGUAGUGAUAGCUGAGAAUAUGCAGCCGUUUUCUCCUUCCUGGGUGCAGUGUUAUUCUGCCUAGAGCUCUGACUACCACCCAACCUUGAGGCACAGUGAAGACAUCGGUGGCCACUCCAAUAACUGCAGGUCACAGCUGCCCUUCUGGAGGUGUCCUACAGGUGAAAAUCCAAGCAUCCUGGUCAGGAUAUAAGUUUACCUCAAAAAUAGAAGAUAUUAACAUGGAGAGUCCCAGCUUUGAAGAUCUCAUGAAAGGUGAAGAUUUUAGUAAUUACAGUUACAGCUCUGAACUGCCCCCUUUUCUACUAGAUGCUGCCCCAUGUGAACCAGAAUCCCUGGAAAUCAACAAGUAUUUUGUGGUCGUUAUCUAUGCCCUGGUAUUCCUGCUGAGCCUGCUGGGAAACUCCCUCGUGAUGCUGGUCAUCUUAUACAGCAGGAUCGGCCGCUCCGUCACUGAUGUCUACUUGCUGAACCUGGCCUUGGCCGACCUACUCUUUGCCCUGACCUUGCCCAUCUGGGCUGCCUCCAAGAUGAGUGGCUGGAUUUUUGGCACAUUCCUGUGCAAGGUGGUCUCACUCCUGAAGGAAGUCAACUUCUACAGUGGCAUCCUGCUACUGGCCUGCAUCAGUGUGGACCGUUACCUGGCCAUUGUCCAUGCCACACGCACACUGACCCAGAAGCGCUACUUGGUCAAGUUCAUAUGUCUCAGCAUCUGGGGUCUGUCCUUUCUCCUGGCCCUGCCUGUCUUACUUUUCCGCAGGACCAUUUACCCACCCAAUGUCAGCCCAGUCUGCUAUGAGGACAUGGGCAACAAUACAGCAAACUGGCGAAUGCUGUUACGGAUCCUGCCCCAGACCUUUGGCUUCAUUGUGCCACUGCUGAUCAUGCUGCUCUGCUACGGAUUCACCCUCCGUACGCUGUUUAAGGCCCACAUAGGGCAGAAGCACCGGGCCAUGCGGGUCAUCUUUGCUGUCGUCCUCAUCUUCCUGCUCUGCUGGCUGCCCUACAACCUGGUCCUGCUGGCAGACACCCUCAUGAGGACCGGGGUGAUCCAGGAGACCUGUGAGCGCCGCAACGACAUCGACCGGGCUCUGGAUGCCACUGAUAUUCUGGGCAUCCUUCACAGCUGCCUCAACCCCCUCAUCUACGCCUUCAUUGGCCAGAAGUUUCGCCAUGGACUCCUCAAGAUUCUAGCCAUACAUGGCUUGAUCAGCAAGGACUCCCUGCCCAAAGACAGCAGGCCUUCCUUUGUUGGCUCUUCUUCAGGGCACACUUCCACUACUCUCUAAGACCUCCUGCCUAAGUGCAGCCCCGUGGGGUUCCUCCCUUCUCUUCACAGUCGCAUUCCAAGCCUCAUGUCCACUGGUUCUUCUUGAUCUCGGUGUUAGUGCAGCCCCCAUUGUGGUCGCAGGAAGCAGAGGAGGCCAUGUCCUUACUAGUUUCCCUUGCAUGGUUUAGAAAGCCUGCCCUGGUGCCUCACCCCUUGCCAUAAUUACUACGUCACUUGCUGGAGCUCUGUCCAUCCUGCCCCUGAGCCCAUGGCACUCUGUGUUCUAAGAAGUGAAAAUCUACACUCCAGUGAGACAGCUCUGCGUACUCGUUAGGAUGGCUAGUAUCAGAAGAAAGAAAAUCAGGCUGGCCAACAGGGUGAAACCUUGUCUCUACUAAAAAUACAAAAAAA